GCGUUACACUGUGGGUUGAUCCUGUCACCGCACCUACGACCUGUGCUGGGUCUGUAUUCAUUUAUUUGGGACCUUUUGUUUUUCAAACGCGCCACCUCCAUGCUCUCCGCUGCCGGCCUGACGGCUGGGUGUGUCCCCGCAGCAGCGGCUCCAGCCCCGGGCCCCACCCUCCGCUGCCGCGCCGUAGUAGGCUGUUGUUGUUGUUGACAGCCGCGCGCUGUGGCUCGUGCGACCGCCCGCGCGCAUGCAGCAGAAUGGCUCGAGCGGGUCCAACGGGUCCAACGGGUCCAACGGUUCCGACGGUUCCGGCGGCGGCAGCAGGGAGCGCCAGGCUCUGUCCUUCAGCCCGCUGCCCUCCGCCUCGACGCGGGUGAGACGCUUCAUCCAGGAGAGACGGACGCUGCCGCUACCCAGAGUGAUGGUGGUAUUCUCGGCCGCAGGGGACACCGAGAAACCGAGCGAUGCCAUGUCCGGCUCGGACCCUGCGGACGACGACUUCCGAAAGCCGGCCUCCCCCUCGCCGAGCCUCACCCUGAGCAAGCCGCUGCGCGCCGCGCUGGGCGGCCAGGAGCAGGAGUUUCCAGAGGUCAUCUCUCUGAACGUUGGGGGCAUGUACUUCACCACACGUCUGUCCACGCUGCGGCGAUUUGAGGACACCAUGUUGGCGGCCAUGUUCAGUGGGCGUCACUACAUCCCACGUGACGCCGAGGGACGCUACUUCAUUGAUCGGGAUGGAGCAUAUUUUGGGGACAUCCUGAACUUCCUCCGAGAGGGUGAACUUCCCCACCGGAGCCGAGUACGGGCGGUGCACAGGGAGGCUCAGUACUACUCCAUCGGCCCGCUGCUGGACAGCCUGGAGGACAUCCAGCCGCUCACAGGAGAGAGAGUUAGACAAGCUUUCCUCGACCUGCUGCCCUAUUACAAAGAGAAUCUGGAGCGCAUUGUAGAGAUUGCCAAACUGAGGGCCAUGCAGAAAAAGGCACGGUUUGCCAAGUUGAAGAUCUGUGUCUACAAGGAGGAGAUGCCCAUCACACCGUACGAGCGUCCCCUCUUUAACUCUCUGCGCUUUGAGCGCUCGGACAGCGAGGCCAAGCUGUUUGAGCAUCACUGCGAGGUGGACGUUUCCUUCGGACCUUGGGAAGCAGUGGCGGAUGUUUACGACCUGCUGCACUGCAUCGUCAGUGACCUUGCCGAGCGGGGCAUCACUGCCGAGCAGCAGUGCAUCGGUGUCUGUGACAAGCACCUUAUCAAUCACUACUACUGCAAGAGGCCCAUCUAUGAGUUCAAGAUCACGUGGUGGUGAAGCUGGAGGGAGACAAACGGUCGUGGCUGAUCGGACCAAAGGGGACGUUUCCAUUUUUUUUCUAUAACUCAGCCGAUAUUGGUUUUUUGUAUUGAAGUUGCCAAUAUUUUUUGCUAAUGUCUUAAAAUGUGACCCUUUAAAUCACAUUCUAAUUUAUCAAUAUUCUGUUGGCCCAAAAUAUUUUUUUUCCUUUUCUUUCUUGUCAAAAUUUAAAAAAAACACUGAAGCAAAAAAUUUACUCUCAGUUGCCAGUUUAGUCAGAAGAUUUGGCUUAAUAUAAAUGCAGUCUAAUUCAAGGGUUUUACAGGUGUAUUAGGCGAAUACAACAGUAGGAUUAUGUUAUAAUCUGUUGUUUGUCUUGCUGUUGAGCUGUAUUCCAUUAUAAAUGAAGUUGUUUCCUUACUGAGCCUAACCUCAUUGAGGUACAUGGCGCUGUAACAAAGUAAUGGUGACAGCACCACAAACAUGCAGCCUCUAAAAUGAUCAUACAGUGGAAAUAACACCUCUCUCUGUGUGUCAACUAGAUCCAAACAGAUGUGACUACAGUAGGUGUGCUAAUAUACUGGCAACUGAGUGUAAAUGCCAACACUUUUUUUUAGAGAAAUCCAGGCCAAUGAUAAACACUGCGGUAACUUUUAAGUGGAAGGUAACACCCCCUAAAAAGCCCUGUUCUUUGCUGACCUCCAGUGUGAUUUACAGGUGUGCUCUGGUGUGACUGCAGGUCCAACGACACACGUCUGACCACAACCAGAGAGGUCAGAACUGAGACUCUCCUGCCUGUGUCUAUGUUCAGGCACAGUUCUGCUUCUGUGAUCAGACGGGGUUUUGGCAACACUGAGAGUCAGAUGCAAGCAAAAGACACAGCGAGUCGUGAUGCAGCUUCUGUCGAAAGUUGUCUUGACUAAAACUGAAGUCUAUCUGGAAAAGAAAAAUGUAAACAUGUUGGUUUAGACCGCCUGUUGUGCAUUUCAUGGAACAGAUUUGCUUUGAUUGUAAUCAACACAGCCAUCUACCUCAGAGAGGUUAUAAGAGAGAAGACAAACAACUGAACAGAAAAGCCCACAAUGCAACAAAGAUGGCAGUUGUAGGACACAUAUCCUGCCCCUCCCCCACCAAGGCAGACGUCUGCUUUAUUGCAGCCAAAUGGGAAUCGUUUCGAGCCAGUCGUUGUGUUGUUGCAUUGAAGCAGUCGAAACCUUACACGUGUAGCAGUAAAUGCAACAAGUGUAGACACUGACGAAGAACUGCAGCUGUCGCUGACAUGCUAAUCUUGCUAUGCAGCCAAUGUUAACAAUGUUGGGAGUGAAAAUCUCAAUGUGCAAAAAAUGUAAAGCCUGAGAUGAUUGUCGUGUCAUCAAGUGGGUGACAUUGCUUCAUCAAUCUCAUUUAAAAGCCAAUCCUAAAUGUUUUGUUUGUUGUCUUUACAAUCGUCAUUAUUAUCAUUUCCUACAUUCACUCAUUCAUAAUUUAUUUAUUGAUCAGUCUAACUGUAGCUUUGCCCCAAUCCAGAUUGAUAUGUGAAUGAAUGCAGGGCUGUGCAGUUCUGAGAUUUAAAGAACCCAGAAGUAAAUAUAGAAAAUUAUAUUCUGAGCAGGAAAACUGUUCUGUAAAUCUGUACUUUUUUUCCCGACCAAGGUAUGUCUCAGGAUACAGAUGAACUGUGAGCCUGUUCCUUUUGGAUAAACAGAGUAUAUUUUAAUUAUGCAACCUCCCGAGGAGUCUGUUUUUAUAGAUUUAAGAGAGGUUGGGUGGUAUCCGUUUUGUCGAACAGUCUUCACAUUUUAUGUGGUUACGUAGAAUAACUCAGUUGUAGGAAUGAAGGAAGACACCAAUGUAAAUUUGCAGGCGACGUCUUGGCAUAAAUACAGAGCGAAUCUUAAAUCUAUCAAUAUAAGUAUUUAUUUAAUGUCGACUUCCUCUCCACUCUCUCAACGUCAACCCUUCAUUGAAGUGAUAUUGAGUGUCAAAGCUAAGUUAAAUGGAUAUUUCCUAUUGUACUUGAUGAUAAAGUCUAAGCACCUUGUGAUUGUCACCGAGAUAUUUUUGUGUUUACCUCAAACAGCUCCGUAGUUUUAUCAGCUAUAGAAAGCAACAGCAUCGACAUCAGCUCAUUUAUGUUCACUAAGAGAGAACAUGCGUAGGAGCACUGCUAAACUAGGUUUGAAUGUUUUUUGUAUUUUUACAAUAUAUACCUUUUGUUAGCUUCUAGGAAGCUAGAGAUCUAUUGUACUCUAUGUGUUCAGUUUGUUUGUAGUGAAAAAAAGCAAUGUGUUAUUUUUUAUUCUUUAUGUUAAAAUUAAAAUAACUUAAAUGCAUAACAUAUCCGUCUUUUAUUCAUGAAAAUACCGUAUGUAGGUGUAUAAAUAUCGGUACUGAAUGGAAAACUUUGGAUUACAAUUGACAACAUAUAUUUGAA